AUGUCGGCUCGCAACAAGCUUGCAGACUUAGCCUCCCGAGCCCGCCCCAGACACCAGAACCGUGCGCGCGACAGCGGAGCCGACCAGGACGCCCACUUCGGCCAACGCUCGCCUUCUCCAGGAUCUUCCAACGACCACUUUUCCGGUUCCUACGAUCACUCUCGUCCCAUGCAAGAGGUCCAAUACCAAGAUGCUCUGCUAGUGCCACCCAACCUUCCUUUCUCGGAGGUGACGGGUGGUCAGUACAGCGAUGGCGGCUCGAGUCGUGACAUGUCGUACACCGAUCUCGCCGCACUUCGCGCUAGAAACAAGGACAGUCGCCCCGCAUCGCUAUCUCUGUCGAUCAACUACGUUCCCACCAAGUUUUCAAAGCUCCACGCCCCCGGCGAUUACGCGCACCGCCGCGCCAAGCAAGGAGGCGGUCGUGACGCGUUCGCUGCUGGCGCCGCCCGCAUGGGUGAGCCCGGCCUCGUCGACGAUGACGAAGGCCUCGUCUUCCAGGUCGGCAAAGGCGGUCUCAAGGCCAAGCACAAGCCAAAGCUGCGUUGGAACCGCUUCAAGUGGAUACUCUUUUGCGCCAACUGUGUGCUCUUCGUCUACGGUAUGGCUGGCCUCAUCUGCUCUAUUCUCGUCUGGAUCAACGUCUUCUUCCGCUCUGACAUUCUGCGCGUUGGUAACCGCGACGAGCUGAUACUCUCGACCAUUGCUGGCGCGCUCAUCGUCUUCACCUCACUCCUCGGCUUCUCUGGCAUCUUCCUCAACAACCGCCCCUUCCUCGCCGUAUACGUGGUUCUGCUGUGGGUGUGCUUAGGCUUCAUGGUCGCGCCAGGCUACAUCACGUACAAGCGCAAGACUUUCAACCUUGAAGGCAAGAUCAACCAGCAGUGGUCGCGUAGGCUCGGCACGAUCGGCCGCCUCCGCGUCCAGGACGCCCUCAAGUGCUGCGGCUACUUCUCGCCCUCUGUUGAGGCGACCAUCUCUCCACUCUGCUACCCCCGCUCAGUCGAGGACGGGUGCAAGAACCGCUACCUCAAGCUCGAGCGCGUGAUCCUGAGAACCUGGUACACCGUCUCGUUUUCCCUUGUUCCUCCACACAUCCUAAUCAUCCUCGCCGGCCUUCUGUGCUCCAACCACGUCACGUACCGCUUCGGCAAGGGUCUUACGCCCAAGCGCUACCGCCUCGACAUGGACUCGAUGGCGGUCAUUAUGAACGAUUACGCCACCCAGAUCGCGGCACAGUACGGUCCCGAGGUCGCGAACGAGGCUGUCACCCGUUCGUCGUUGCACCUCGACUCGCGUCCCGGCUCUAGAGCUGGCUCGCGUGCUGGAUCGCGCAGAAACUCUCUGUCUAGCUCGGCUCAUGGCCACGGUACGCCCAACUACCGCUCGCCUUCGCGGACGCAGAACUACACCUCGCCCUUUGAUGACAGCCGUGCCGGCGUCUCGGGGCGGUCAGAUCAGACGCACUACACGGACAUGGACGAAGACUCGCAGGGUCACGGGUACGCCUCGAACCAAGGCCACUCGUACGACAGUCCGCAGAACCAAGGGUACACUCGCGCGCAGCCCGGUUGGGCCCAGUGA